AUGAGGAGAGGCAGGUCUGUUUUCAGCACAGCGCUUGAUUUCUUCCCAGAUGAGAAGGUGCGAGGGAGGCCCCUCCAGGGAGCAGCGACUCGCUGUGACCGCACAGCUGGAGGAGCAGCAGAAACAGGUGCUCCCCUCUCAGGUGGGGCACCCGACUGGGCUGACCUUGAGGAGGAGCAGAACGGGAUUCGCGAUUCAAGAAAUGCUUUUAAAUCUCGGCUGAGUCCCCCUCGCGGUGACGUCACGAGAUCCUGGUCCCGCCCCUCUGGGGUCACGUGUCAGGGCCGGGUCACCAUCUUGGCCAAUCAGCGAGGGAGAUUUCCCGGAAGUGAAACCGCGCCCUGGAGCCCGGCGGCGCCGCGCGUUUCCACGGCAACGGCCGGCAGGAUGGAUUCCGAGGAGCGGGAAUGGAGCAGGCGGGCGGCCCGGAUGCGGGCCGAGAUGGAGCGGGAGCGGCGGCUGGAUGAGGCGCUGCGGGCGGCAGAAGAGAACAGAAAGCAGAGAGCGCUGCAGCUGGAGCGAGAGCAAAAGCUGGCGGCUGAGCUGGCGAGGCGGGACCUUGAGAAAAUGAAAGAUGAGAAAAUCAGGCAACAAGUCAGAGCAAACAGUCUUGAACUUCGAGAGCUAGAAAGAAAGCUGAAAUCUGCUUAUAUGAAUAAAGAACGAGCUGCACAGAUUGCUGAAAAAAAAGCUAUCUACGAUGAGAAAAUGAAAUGGGAGGAUGAAGUAGCCCAAGAGAUGAAGGAAGAGUACGACAGGUACCUGAAAGAAGAAAUGUCUGCAGAACUGAGGCGAAACCAGGAGAAGAAGAUGUACCAUCAAGAACUGGACAAGCAGGUUGAGGAACAGGAGAAGAAGAAGCAAGAUGCUUAUGAAGAGUUUCUAAGAGAGAAACGCAUGAUUGAUGAAAUUGUAAAAAAGAUCUAUGAAGAAGAUCAGAUGGAAAAACAACGGAAGUUAGAUAAAAUACGAGAAACUCAGACAUACAUUGAAGAGUUUAUAAAAGAACAAGCUGUUUGGAGGAAAAGGAAACAGGAAGAGAUGGAAGAAGAAAAUAGGAAAAUUAUGGAAUUUGCCAACAUGCAACGACAAAGAGAAGAUGAUCGGAUGGCCAAAGUUCGAGACAGUGAGGAGAAGAAACAGAGAGUUCAAAACAUGCUUGCCAAGACCAUGGAAAGAGAAGAACAGAGGCGUAAAGAACAGGAGCAAAUCCGCCAAGAUCUGUACCUGGAAGAACAAGAAGCCAUGGAAAGGAAGAAGGAGAUGGCAGAAAUUGAAAAGAGAAUAAGGCAGCGCCUAGACUUAAGGCAAACAUACGAAGAGCACUUAGCUCUCAAGGCAGCAGCACAACAAGCUAUGAGAGAAGAGGAGGAGGCUCUGCGGCAGCAGAUUUUGGCCAAGCUGGCCGAGGACGAUCGCGUGGAGCAGCUGAACGCACAGAAACGGAGAAUGAAACAGCUUGAACACAAAAAGGCCGUGGAAAAAAUCCUGGAGGACCGCCGCAAACAGUGCAUUGCAGAAAAAGAGCGUGAGCUUCAAGAAAGAGAGUUAGAGAAGAGGAGACAAGAAAGUAUCCGUGCAAUUAUUGAAGAAGAGAGACAGAAACUCUUGAAAGAGCACGCAUGGAAAUUGCUGGGUUAUCUUCCUCGAGGAAUACUCAAAGAUGAAAACGACAUUAACAUGCUUGGAGAAGAUUUCAGGUUGGCUUACCAGCAGAGAAGAGGUAAUGAACUUUCAGAAGAGAGCUGAACCUUCCCCCAGCUCAGCUCCUGUUUUGCCACUAGGUGUCAGCCGAUUCCCAGUGAAAACUUCCAUUUGCUUUUAACAGUGAGGAAUUCCCUUUUUACAGCAUUAAAAGCCUUCAUUUUGAAAUUGAAGUUUUAAACAGAUGAGCAGUUAGUUUUAUACAAGUGUGUGCUCCACUUGCAUUUUUCACCAAUAAACUGUUCUGGAGUUCUCAA